CUACUUAUCACCUUCCACCUUAAAACAAAUUUCUGUAAUAAAAAAGUUGUUAUCUUUUGCAAAGACUCAAACUUUAGCUCUCAAUACCAAAGACAGACUCACAGAAAGAGCCUAAAAUAUGGCACAGAUUAGCAAAAUGACACAGGGGAUACAAACCCUUUAUCCCAAUUCCAAGAUUCAUAAACCCCAAGUUCCCACAUUUCCCCCUUCACUUUCUUUUGGAUCUAAAAACCUGAAAAAAUCAGCAAAAUCUUUGUGGGUUUUGAAUAAAGAUUCAGUUUUGACAACAAGGUCUUAUUCUUCAUCUUUUAGGAUUUCAGCAUCAGUGGCUACUACCCAGAAACCUUCUGAGAUUGUGCUGCAACCCAUCAAAGAAAUAUCAGGCACUGUCAAAUUGCCUGGCUCUAAAUCCCUAUCCAAUCGUAUUCUCCUUCUUGCUGCCCUGUCUGAAGGAACAACUGUUGUUGACAAUUUGCUAAGUAGUGAUGAUAUUCAUUACAUGCUUGGUGCCUUGAAAACACUUGGACUGCAAGUAGAAGAUGACAGUGGAAACCAACGAGCUGUUGUUGAAGGUUGUGGUGGGUUGUUCCCAGUUGGUAAAGAGUCCAAGGAAGAGAUUCAACUUUUCCUUGGAAAUGCAGGAACUGCGAUGCGGCCACUAACAGCAGCAGUUGCUGUAGCUGGCGGAAAUUCAAGGUAUGUACUUGAUGGAGUUCCUCGAAUGAGAGAGAGACCAAUUAGUGAUUUGGUUGAUGGUCUUAAGCAGCUUGGUGCAGAGGUUGAUUGUUUCCUUGGUACGAAAUGUCCUCCCGUUCGAAUUGUCAGCAAGGGAGGUCUUCCAGGAGGGAAGGUGAAGCUGUCUGGAUCCAUUAGCAGCCAAUACUUGACUGCUCUGCUUAUGGCUGCUCCACUGGCUUUAGGAGAUGUGGAGAUUGAAAUCAUUGACAAACUAAUAUCUGUACCUUAUGUCGAAAUGACAUUGAAGUUGAUGAAGCGAUUUGGUAUAUCUGUGGAGCACAAUAGUAGCUGGGACAGGUUUUCUGUCCAAGGAGGUCAGAAAUACAAGUCUCCUGGAAAAGCUUAUGUGGAAGGUGAUGCUUCAAGUGCUAGUUACUUCUUGGCUGGUGCAGCUGUCACAGGUGGAACCAUCACUGUUGAAGGUUGUGGGAACAGCAGUUUACAGGGGGAUGUCAAAUUUGCUGAGGUUCUUGAGAAAAUGGGAGCAGAAGUUACGUGGACAGAAAAUAGCGUCACAGUCAAAGGACCUCCAAGGAAUUCUCCUGGAAGGAAGCAUUUGCGUGCCAUUGAUGUGAACAUGAAUAAAAUGCCUGAUGUCGCCAUGACACUUGCUGUAGUUGCACUUUUUGCUGAUGGUCCCACUGCUAUAAGAGACGUUGCUAGUUGGAGAGUCAAGGAAACUGAACGCAUGAUCGCCAUAUGCACAGAACUUAGGAAGUUGGGAGCAACUGUUGAAGAAGGACCUGACUACUGCAUAAUCACCCCACCGGAGAAAUUAAAUGUGACCGAAAUUGAUACUUACGACGAUCACAGGAUGGCCAUGGCCUUUUCUCUUGCUGCUUGUGCAGAUGUUCCAGUCACCAUCAAUGACCCUGGCUGUACGCGGAAAACCUUCCCAAACUACUUUGAUGUCCUUCAGCAGUACUCCAAGCAUUGAAGCCACUUCAAUAUGUUGUAGAGUGUAAGUAAAAACAUGUGAAAGAAUUUAGUUCUUGUACAACAAGACAGGCUAUAGCUGGUAUCUGAACACAAUGACUUUAACUUGUUUAAUUAUUUGCCAUGUGAUGAUGUUCAGUGUAUUUGUUGAAGUUGAGCUGUUUUUUUUUUGUCUUGGAAGGAAUGUAUACUAUAAUAGAGUUAACAAUUUUCCUUGUAUGAGCAAAUGUAAGGAGUACUAGUUCUAUUAUCUAA